CACCGGCCCUGACGUCACGCCCUCCUCUGAAGCGCUAGCCUUGUUUAACUUUGUGUGUUGAGGGAUUUUUUCUUGACGCAGCUUUUCUUCGUUGUUUCGCGUCUCAAACUGCGCAGAGUUUGUCCGGAAGAGCCGGACUGGAAAGCUGCUGCUGAUGAGUGUGAGGAGAGGGAACCAUGCUCCGCUGCAGGAGGUGUCGCAAAGGAGUGAUCGACUCAACCUGUUUGUCCACGGAGGAGGCGUCAGAUGAGAGCUCGGGUGCUAUUUGCAGUAUCUGGCACGUGGACCAGGAGGCGCUGCCGGACUGGAUCCUGACCUCAGUUCACCAGGCCCAGUGGACUGUGGGGAAACUGAACUGCCACCACUGCAGCGCUCGUCUGGGUGGCUUCAACUUCAUCAACCACAGUAAGUGUCCCUGUGGUCAGGACGCCACCGUCCACCUCAACAAGAGCCGCGUGGAUCGUGACCACAAGCACCACGUCCUCAUCGUCCAGCCCAGGAGGACGAGGCCUGAGAAGGGACGCGCUGCUCCGCCGACAGACAGCGCCCAAGACAACGAGGAGACGUCCAACGGGACAGAAGGUUUACAGCUCCCUGCCGAGGGGUCGAGUCCCCCGAGUGAAAACCAGUCGUUCCCUUUGAAUCCUCUGUACUGCAUCUCUCACAGGAGAAGGUGCAGCCUGGAGGAUGGCGCCACCUUCAGGUCGUCUUGUUUUUGCCCUGCGAGCCUCAUGGACAGGUCGGCUGCCGGUUUGACGUGGGCGGGGCCAGAUGAUGAGUCGACGUGGUCACAUGUCUCGGGCGACGCUGAAGCCUUCAGGUCACCUGGAGGGAGGCGGUUGCUCUUGGAUCAACCGCUGCUGCCGGCUGUGGACACGGUGGAGACGUCUGUGGCGACCUCGUCCGUCCACGAAGACGCUUCUGACUCAACCCUCAUCCUCAGAGGAAGAACCGUCUCCGACAGUGUGGCUGGGCGGGACGAGGACACGGAGCCUCGAGCCUCCUCCGCCUCCCCAGCCUCGAUCGGCCGGAGAAGAAGAGAGAGGAACCGACUGAAGGGUCUGAGACGGAAACAGAGGAGGAGAGAGCGCUGGCUGCACCGGCGGCAGGAGAAGGCCGAGAGUUUGAGCAGGUCCCAGGUGGACAGCGAGGAGGAAGACCGAGAGGGACUGACCUGCGCCGUGUGUCUGGACGUCUUCUUCAGCCCGUACAGCUGCCAGCCCUGCGCCCACGUCUUCUGUGAGCCGUGUCUUCGCACGCUGGCCAAGAACCGACACAUGAACACGCCCUGCCCCCUCUGCCGCACACUCAUCUCUCACACCGACUUACACGAAGAGCUCAACCAGACGGUGAAGACCUGCUUCCCUAAAGUUUACCACGGCCGCCAGCUGAACUUCAAGAAGGCUCAGUGCGCUAAGUGGCCUCUGCCCAGCGGCCGCAAGUGCUUCAGAACCUUCUGGGGUAAGAAACCUGUUAGAGUCUGGAAAACACUGAAGACUCUGGAUCAUCAGUGUGAGGGAAAGGGAUGAAACAUCAAAAUCCAUUAAUCAUUAACUUCCUUUACAUGGUGUGAGAGUACGUGUCGACACUACACAUGUCAUUAGAUUAGAUUAGAUUCAACUUUAUUGUCAUUGCACAGUACAAGUACUUACACAACGAAAUGCAGUUUAGCAUCUAACCAGAAGUGCAAAAAAAAGGCAGUAAAGUGCAGAGUAUUGUUCGUAUUUAAAGUGGAAUGUAAAUAAAUAGAUAUGUAAAGUAAGAAAUAUAUAUGGAAUAGUACAGUAUUAACAGGUAUUGUAUGAUAUAAGAACUAUAUAUCAUUUACAUUUUAUGAUAUUAUACAACAUGUUACUACUAAAACACCUAUCACCAGGUAUUUGGACUUCAAACCUUAAAAUGAUCAUGUUUAUAUGAGGUGGCUGUGUUUUUAUAAGAUUUGAGUAAUUUCUUUAACUGGACUUUUGAUACGACAUCUGAGUUAAAUUUCUCCUUUUUCAUGAUGGUUAUUAUAAUAUUAGCAGCAGUGAACUUCCAUAACUUUCAGCCACUGAGUUUCUGAUAAAUGAUAUCACGUGAAAAAACAAACAAACACACACAGUGUGAUGCAAAUACCUUUUUGAGUAAAGUUU